AUGGUUAGGUGGUACUUGGAUGAUGAUGAUGAUGAUGAUUAUGAGGAAGAGCGGGAAGUUGAUAUGCUUAAGCCAGAAAGAUUGCUUCAUAGAACAGAUCGAGGUGCUGGAUGGCAUCAUGUUCAGCAGUUUAUGCACGGGUCAGAUCAACAGUGCUAUGAUAUCCUUCGCAUGCAUCAGAGGACAUUCCAAGCUUUGUGUAAGAUGUUAGCAACAAGAUAUGGAUUAAAAGAGACGAACAAUGUCUAUAUUGAAGAAGCGGUUGCAAUGUUCCUUGAAGUGGUGGGUCAAGAUAAGACAGUACGGGUUAUUGCACAAAUAUAUCAACGUUCGUUGGAUACAGUCAAAAGAAAACUUGGUGAGGUUUUGAGUGCUCUCUUGAAGUUUGCUGCAGAUGCACUAAAACCAGAAGAUGGUGAGUUCACAAGAGUAUGUCCUGUUUUGGGAAAUGAUGAUCGCUACUGGCCAUUUUUUAAAGAUUGUAUUGGAGCAUUGGAUGGAACUCAUAUCUCAUUUCGCUCUCCUAAGGGAAAUGCAGAAGCAUACAGGGGUAGAAAACAUGUGCCAACCAUGAAUGUCCUUGCUAUAUGUAACUUCGAUAUGAAGUUCGUAUAUGCUUAUGUGGGGGUACCGGGUAGAGCCCAUGACACAAAGGUUCGGUAUCAUCUUGAUCAGUUCAACAGAGGAGGACCACCAACGAACACUCGAGAGGUGUUCAACCGGAGACACUCAAGAUUACGAUCAGUGAUUGAGCGGACAUUUGGAGUGUGGAAAGCAAAAUGGAGAAUUCUUGACCGUGGGCAUCCUAAAUAUGGUUUGGUCAAAUGGAUGAAGCUAGUAACAGCAACAAUGGCUCUACACAACUUCAUACGUGAUUCACAUCGAGAAGAUAAUGAUUUUGUGCAUUGGCAGACAAGAGAAGAAUAUCAUACUCAUGGUGAUAAUGAAAUGGAAGAUGAAGAAGAAGAAGAAGAUGGUGAUGGUUAUGAUGGACAUAUUCCAUAUAAUCCGAUUGGUGACAGAGCCAUGGAAGAUUUACGUGAUCAUAUUACUAGUGAGUUGAGUAGAGGAUAUCGAUUACCUUAUUAG